ACUCUCGGGCAGCGGGCGCCGGGAGGCCAAGGGGCGCGGGGCAUUCCGGUCUGCAGGCACCAUGGGGAAGGGGGGGAACCAGGGCGAGGGGGCCCCCGAGCGCGAGGCGCCGAUGCCCACCUUCCGCUGGGAGGAGAUUCAGAAGCACAACCUGCGCACCGACAAGUGGCUCGUCAUCGACCGCAAGGUCUACAACAUCACCCAGUGGUCCAGCCGGCACCCGGGCGGGCACCGGGUCAUCGGGCACUACGCGGGGGAGGACGCCACGGAUGCCUUCCGCGCCUUCCACCGUGACCUUGAUUUUGUGCGCAAGUUCCUGAAGCCCCUGCUGAUCGGCGAGCUGGCGCCCGAGGAGCCGAGCCAGGACCGCGGCAAGAACUCCCAGAUCACCGAGGACUUCCGGGCGCUGAGGAAGACGGCCGAGGACAUGAACCUGUUCAAGAGCAACCAUCUCUUCUUCCUCCUCCUCCUGGCCCACAUCGUCGUCAUGGAGAGCCUCGCCUGGUUCACCGUCUUCUACUUCGGCAACGGCUGGAUCCCCACCGUCAUCACGGCCUUCGUCCUGGCCACCUCGCAGGCCCAGGCCGGCUGGCUGCAGCACGACUACGGCCACCUCUCCGUCUACAAGAGGUCCACGUGGAACCACAUCGUCCACAAGUUCGUCAUCGGUCACUUGAAGGGCGCCUCCGCCAACUGGUGGAACCAUCGCCACUUCCAGCAUCACGCCAAGCCCAACGUCUUCCAGAAGGACCCGGACGUGAACAUGCGGCACGUGUUCGUGCUGGGCGAGUGGCAGCCCGUUGAGUACGGCAAGAAGAAGCUGAAAUACCUGCCCUACAACCACCAGCACGAGUACUUCUUCCUGAUCGGGCCGCCGCUGCUCAUCCCCAUGUACUUCCAGUACCAGAUCAUCAUGACCAUGAUCGUCCGCAAAGACUGGGUGGACCUGGCCUGGGCCAUCAGCUACUACGCCCGCUUCUUCGUCACCUACAGCCCCUUCUACGGCGUCCUGGGCGCCAUCCUCUUCCUCAACUUCAUCAGGUUCCUGGAGAGCCACUGGUUCGUGUGGGUCACCCAGAUGAACCACAUCGUCAUGGAGAUCGACCGGGAGCCGUACCGGGACUGGUUCAGCAGCCAGCUGGCGGCCACCUGCAACGUCGAGCAGUCCUUCUUCAACGACUGGUUCAGCGGGCACCUCAACUUCCAGAUCGAGCACCACCUCUUCCCCACCAUGCCGCGGCACAACUUCCACAAGGUGGCCCCGCUGGUGCGGUCCCUGUGCGCCAAGCACGGCGUCCAGUACCAGGAGAAGCCGCUGCUGAGGGCCCUGCAGGACAUCGUCCGGUCCCUGAAGAAGUCUGGGGAGCUGUGGCUGGACGCCUACCUCCACAAAUGACACCACAGCCCGCGGGUGCCGUGGGAGGGGGAGCAGGUGGGGGGCGGCCGCAGGGGGUGGGGUUUUGUUCUGAGGGGUGUCCCUGAGGCGGGUACUCGCCGUCACAGCCCCGAGGUUUGGUCUUGCUCCUGGCUUCCUCUCCUGGUUUCCUUCCCUGCGCCCUCAGCACCCUCCCCGGGGGGCCGCCCUCAGUCCGUCCCGGAGCAGAGAGGUGGCCCAGGCCUGCCUCCUCCCUCCGCCCCGCACGUCUGCUGACCGGAGGCCCCUGCCUGGCCCCUGCAGCCGGGCCCCCCCUCCCUCCUUCCUCUGCCCCUCAGCACCCCACCCCCCCUGCUGCUUUCUGUCCCAGGAGCUCCCCGACCCUGCGGCUGGGCUCCCUCUGCGGCCCACUGUCUGAGGCCCACGGUCUGCCUUUGUGUAGGGGAGGCUGGCUCUGACCCGGCUGGAGCACUUCCGUCUGCCCCUCCCUCCUCCAGAGCCUGUGACCUGGGCCUGGGGGCUGCCCCGCAGAGGUCAGGGGCCUGUAGGCCAGCCCCACCCCCACCCUGCCAGACAUUUGUCCUAGUUGGGCCGCCUUAGAUUCUGGAGCAUUCGAACCCUCUCCACGGGCUCUG